AAAGCUGAGUAAGCAGAGAGAGAGAGAGAGAGAAUGGAGGGGGUAGUAGGAGUAGCGGGGGGCAUUGGAGGCGCGAGCGGCUGUGUGUCGUCGUCAUCUCCAACUGCUGCGAUUGGAAGUAAUGGAGUUGUUUGCAGACCUCGAGCCGUCUUAUCCUGCGCCCCGCCCUCCCCUAAGCUGCGCGCCUCCAAUCGCCACCGUCUCCGCCUGUCGUCGUUCUCUUCGACCUCGCACCUGUUCUGCUCUGCUCCUCAUGCUUCCCGCGGUCGAACCAGACCUCGCAUUUUCCUCCCUCAUUUGGUCGCUUCCUUGGAGCAAGUGGAAGAGACUUACGUAAUGAUAAAGCCAGACGGUGUUCAACGCGGCCUGGUCGGGGAAAUAAUUUCGAGGUUUGAGAGGAAGGGAUUCAGAUUGACUGGCUUGAAGCUCUUCCAGUGCCCCACAGAAUUGGCUGAGGAACACUAUAAAGAUCUUCAGUCCAAGCCAUUCUUCCCUAAAUUGAUCAAGUAUAUCACGUCUGGACCAGUCGUUUGUAUGGCUUGGGAGGGCGUCGGUGUUGUUGCCUCAGCACGAAAGUUAAUCGGGUCAACUAAUCCUCUACAAGCUGAGCCUGGAACAAUAAGAGGGGAUCUUGCAGUGCAAACUGGAAGGAAUGUGGUACAUGGCAGCGACAGCCCUGAAAAUGGCCAACGUGAAAUUGCUCUUUGGUUCAAAGAAGGCGAAUUGUGCCAAUGGACACCUGCUCAAGCUCCAUGGCUAUGGGAGUGAUGAAAUAUCAAUGCAAUUCUGGAAGCUUUUUGGUUGACCACCUGUAAUGUCGAUUGCAUUCUUUGUCUAAGUUAAUGGUGCUUACAUAUCCGGAUUUCCUUGUAAUCUGGGAGAGAAACUUCGAAAAACUUUUGUACCGCGGCUAAUGUAUGUGUCGUUGCUUUUGACUUGGGGUUCCUCUCAAGCUGUUAUAAUGUGGAAAACCUGAAUAAACUGUGUGAUGUCUGACUUCAUUACAGAAAGAAUUGUUUCAUCAAAA